AUGGCAAUCGCUGCCAAAGCGGCCAAGUGUGCGCGACACCUGGAAAAGGUCGCACAGGCGGCUACCAGCGACGAGGCCAGACAAGUCUGGGAGAACCAGAUCUUCCGCUUCAACCUGUGGUCUGGAAACAACUUCGUCUUCGCUCCCACGAGGGCAUCGAUGGACUGGAGGCUACGCAAUGCUGCAGUUCUUGAAUCUUCCAUGUGUGAGCUUCUGGAUGACUUGCAGAGCAGUCUUAUCCGAGCCUCGGCUACCAUGAAAGCUGCAAGUGUCCAGGAGGAGGCGGACCAGCAUGACACCGUGAGCACGACACUCGAAGAACUUUUCCGACUGUCGCGGGCUGUUCGCCGGUCGGGUAUCCUUCGCCGAUUCGUCAAGAUAGGAUAUUACGUGGAAUAUGACGAAAAUGGGGUGAACCUGACAGAGGAAUUUCGAAAUGGAGUCGAAAGAGUGGUUCAAUUUCGUCUCAAACACGCACCCGCGAGCGAGGACCUCAAACGGCGUCUCGUAGAUACCAUUUGUCUACGGCAACAACACUUCGCCUACCUCCGGGCUAAAUGGGAAAAGGCCAAACCAAAACCUAGCGACACUAUCACCGCACCAGUAAUCACAAAAUCGGCAUUGGGAGCCACCUUCAGUGUGACGGGCUCCAUUUCGUCGAGCACACACAAAUUGCGAAAAAAAGAGAUGAUUGCUACCCAGAUACCAGUCCCAUCUAUGAUGACAGCGACAACCGCGCAGGCCCAGCGCGUGAGAAGAGAACGCUCAAUACAGUCGGCCGUGAGCAAGGAGCACGAGGAAGUGGAGUGUAGCCAUGAUAACCUGCCCUUACCCCCGAAGAUCCCUCUUCAUGCCGACGAGUAUGAGUGUCCUUUCUGUUAUAUGGUCUGCUCUUCUGGAGAAUUCUCCGGCGAAAGAUGGAAAAAACACAUUGUGCAGGACAUCACGCCCUUCUUCUGCAUCUUAGAUGCGUGUCGGACUCCGAACGCUCUGUACGAGUCUGGUCGGGACUGGGUCAAACACAUGAAAACAGAGCACGUCCAGGGCGGGUGGACAUGUAUGGAUGAAAGCCAUAACGAAACCUUGUUCUUCAACAGUGACUCCGCAUUCAAAGAACAUAUGGUUUCUUGCCACGAAGACGCAUUCUCAGAGGACGAAUUGGACGGCAUUGCGGACGCCAGUUACUUACGAGUUCCGGUCGACAGCGUGAUAAACGUGUGCCCUUUUUGUCCGAUCGACACACAGGUCAACGUACCUACGGAGAAGAUAAUAACCCAUGUUGCUGAGCACCUCCUAUCUUUUGCGCAGAUAUCACUCUCGUGGCUGAUGGAAGGGGAGGCUAGUGACUUGCAAUCAUCGCAUGCAUGGUCUUCACAAGACCAGCCAGAAGACUCGUUCUCUAAAUCUAUAACGCCCCAAAAGGGCCGCCCGAAUAAGGUCGUCCGGCGUGUUCGAAAUCUCUAUCACGGCCUUGAUGAAUUGGCGAAAGAGCGCCCGAAUAAGGUCGUCUGGCGUGUUCGAAAUCUCUAUCACGGCCUUGGUGAAUUGGCGAAAGAGCGCGUAGCGAAGCGUUAUCGCUAUAUAACGUACGGAAGCAACGUGUCCUCGGAACGCCGACAACCUGAUUCUCCUGAUUCUGAGGAUGAGGUGUAUGCGAUAGACCCGGAAUACAUACCUGAACUGGAGGAUCUUCCUGAUGUGGAUGAAAAUACCUGCAACUUGCUGUGGCAGAACGUGCGAAAGGAGCUACACUUACCUCCACUCGAUCAUCGACCACCGGAUUCGCUUUAUGCGUUUCAGGUGCAAGGAACGGAUUACAAUGAGCCUCACACCCGAGACACUUCUACCAUGAAUUUGCACCGACCCCGGUCUCGCUCGCGCUCGCGGUCCUCAAGGUCCAAGCAUACCCUGCGGGAUGCUGCCCUUGGCGCCGCUAUUGGCAUAUCGGCCAUAUCCGUGGCCAAACCACGCAACUGCAGUCAAAGUCGGAGCCGGUCUCCACGCAAGAGCAAGUCACGGCAGUCAUCGUUCUCGCAAUCAUCGUAUAUCGGUAUCGCGCUACCAGCACCUAAGUCUGCGAAAUUCGGAUCUUCCUUCACAGCCAGUUCUGAGAAUCGAAAGAAGCGGCGGACCAAGAAGCGCAAGGGUAUCUCCUCCUUCAAUAUCUCGUCGUCGUCGUCGUCGUCCGUGGAUGACGAUCUGGUAUUUGGAUCGGUGAAUGCCAGAAGAUCCCCCAAGUCCGAGAAGAACGGGGGGAAGAAAGACCCGGGUGACGUCGACUGGGCUUCGCCUGGAUUAAGUGUUACCGCGUCUGCGUUAGCUCCGAGGCUGACCAAAGAACAAGUGGAGACGCUCGAGGCUCAAUUUCAGGCACACCCCAAGCCCAGCAGCAAUGUGAAGCGUCAUUUGGCCGCUCAGAUAAAUCUGAGCGUGCCUCGAGUUGCUAAAUGGUUCCAAACCCGACGAGCAAAGGCAAAGCAGGAAAAGAGACUGGAGGAGUUUGAGAGAAUGCAAAAGGCCAAAGCAAAGGCCGAGGAGGCUGUUCGGAAUAAGAGCGGCAGUGCGGACGACGCAUCUGACUCAAACCAAAGCGAUAAGACAACCAAGGAGGAGACCGAUAAGGCCAACGAUACCAAGAAAUCGGAGUCGGGCGCAUCAGGCGAACAAAAGAAGACCUCUACUUCAUCUCGAUUGAAGCAUCACAAAACAAGGAGUGAGUCGGCUCGGGAGGCCGCCUAUCAUCGUCGAGACCAGCGGCGAGGCGAAACUUUGGCUGGAAAAGACUCGAGGUCCGGCCCAUAUGACUAUACUUCGUCUGCUACCAGCAGCGAGGUCUGGGAGGAUGUCGAUUCCGAAGGUCAAUCAUCCUCGAGUGUCCAUUUCGCACCGGCUCUUGGGGAGACUGGCCGGUUUGGCAGUGACGAUUCUCCCACUCGUCCAACAGCAGGGCCGGAAAGCAACAAUCGAGUGAAUCGGUACGAUAAUGACUACCUUCGCCCCAUAGGAUCUCAAGUUGGAAAUGUGCGCCGCCAUUCGGAGAGUCCUCCUCAACCUAGGAUGCUUCGACGACAAGGCUCGCUUGAUACUUUUGAUCGCUUUCCCUCACGCAGGAUUGACGAGGACUUUCGUGAGCAGAUGAGUCCUAAUAAAUCCCUUGGGCCGUCCAUCCCCCUUUACUCUAAUGAAUUUCUACAUCUCUAUGACCAUGAUCAGGAUUAUGCCCCCAUGAAUAGCAACCUCUUUGUCAGCCUCCCUCUUGCGGCGGACCUGGCGUCCUGGGUGACAGAGCCGAUUGCGCUCGCUCGAGUUUCCAAUGGGCGAUUAUCUCGAGACAUUUUCACCUGGUCAGAUACUGCGCUGGACCCGUCGCUCUGGCCUUCAUUAUCUACAGAAAUAAUCACCGACCCCAGCAUCAAUAUCGAAGGGCAGCAUCCAACGUGGAAGGUACUCAGGACGCGUGAGAGUAUCUCCAAAGACCACAUUGUUGGUGAGAUUACUGGCAAGAUUGGUCUUCUGCGAGACUAUUGUCUAGAUCCCAGUAAUCACUGGCAGGAGCUUCAUCAUCCGGAACCUUUUGUAUUCUUUCACCCCCAGCUCCCCAUCUACAUUGAUAGCCGACAUGAGGGUAGCAUUCUCCGUUAUAUACGUCGCUCAUGUCAACCUAAUGUCACAAUCAAGACUUACAUCACCAACGAGGUGGAGUAUCAUUUCUGCUUCGUUGCUAAAGAAGAUAUUUCGGCUAACUCGGAGAUCACGGUCAUGUGGUAUCUGGAUCCCCAACUCUUUGAGUCGAUGCACGGUCUGGUCAAGCAAGAGCCGAGUGACAGCGCUCAGGAAGUAGCUGCAAUACGCAUCAGCAAUGUGCUUGCAAAUUUCGGUGGCUGCGCAUGCGAGCCUCCAGCCAAUUGCUUACUUGCUAGCGUUGAUCGCCGGCGCCACACGGCUGUCCUCCCAUACGACGUGGUUAUUGCAGAGUGGGAGUCUCUGGAUAGGGAAAAGGUAGAAUAA